GUCGAGGGAGUCAGUCAGAGCCGCCGCGUCCUGAAGACGGAGGGACGCGCGGGAGAUUGAACGGAGCGGGAGACGCGGCGCGGAGAGAGACGCGCGGAGAGGAGGCAGAGGAGAGAGACACACAGGCAGACAGACAGAGGGACGCGGACAAAGAGAGACGGUGCAGAGAGGGAGAGACGCGGAGACGCGGAGAGACGCAGUGGGGGGUGAGACACGCCUUGGGUCUUGUUCGCCAUUCCGAAUCGCUGUUGUUGGAGCAGCGGCAGCAGCAGCAGCAACUAGAGCAGCGGCAGCGGCAGAGACAGCAGCAAUAACUAGAGCAGCAGCAGCAACAACGCAAAGAGCGCCAGACACAAGCAAGGUCAACAGCUGCAUCAGCUACACAAACAGCAGCAGCAGCAGAUUAAGUCGCGGCAGGAGCAACAGCAGCAGCAUCAGCAGCACAAACAUCAUCGUCAGCAGCAUCAUCAGCAUCAGCAGCAGCAUCAUCAGCAGCAGCAUCAUCAGCAGCUGCAGGAGGAGGAGGAGGAGCUCGUGGAGGUCCCAGCCGAGAUGGUGUCUGCAGCAGCUGGGGUCUCAGCCGCGGGCGCCCUGACCUCGGACGAGCCGGAGGAACUGGCGGAACUCGACGAUGUCCAUCAGCGGAAGGAGGACCUCCUGGCUGACAUCCAGCGACUCCAGAAUGAGAUAGCCGGGGUCAUCAGCGAGAUGGAGACGCUCGCCUACAGCGAGGAGAGCUCCAAGACGCUACAGAGGAACAAGCAGCUGGCGACCGGGCGAAAGAAAUUCAACAUGGACCACAAGAAGGGCAUCGACUUCCUGAUCACGAACGAGCUGCUGCAGCGCACGCCCGAGGACAUCGCCCAGUUCCUGUGCAAGGGUGAAGGCCUCAACAAGACGGCCAUCGGGGACUACCUGGGGGAGCGGGAUGAGUUUAACCUCAAGGUGCUGCAGGCCUUUGUGGAGCUGCACGAGUUCGCAGGCCUCAACCUCGUGCAGGCUCUCAGGCAGUUCCUGUGGAGUUUCCGUCUGCCCGGGGAGGCUCAGAAGAUCGACCGCAUGAUGGAGUCGUUCGCCUCCCGCUACUGCCAGUGCAACGCCGGCGUCUUCCAGUCCCCAGACACGUGCUACGUGCUGUCGGUGGCGAUCAUCAUGCUGAACACGAGCCUCCACAACCCGAACGUGCGCGAGAAGCCUGGCGUGGAGACGUUCAUCAGCAUGAACCGCGGCAUCAACGCUGGCGGGGACCUCCCCGAGGGGCUGCUCAGGAAUCUGUACGACAGCAUCAAGAACGAGCCGUUCAAAAUCCCCGAGGACGACGGCAACGACCUGACGCUCACCUUCUUCAACCCUGACCGCGAGGGCUGGCUGCUCAAGCUGGGCGGGCGCAUCAAGACGUGGCGGAGGCGGUGGUUCAUCCUCACCGACAACUGCCUCUACUACUUCGAGUACACCACGGACAAGGAGCCGCGGGGGAUCAUCCCCCUGGAGAACCUGAGCAUCAGGGAGGUGGUGGACCCCAAGAAGCCUAACUGCUUCGAGCUGUACAUGCCCAACACCAAGGGGCACGUGAUCAAGGCGUGCAAGACGGACGCGGACGGCAAGGUGGUGGAGGGUAACCACGAGGUGUACCGCAUCUCGGCGCCCACGCCCGACGAGAAGGAGGAGUGGAUGAAGAGCAUUCGGGCCAGCAUCAGCAGGGACCCCUUCUACGACAUGCUCGCCAUGCGGAAGAAGAAAAUCUCCAAGUCCAAGGCGACCCCUGACUGAGCGUGCUGGGGGUGGAGGCAGCGGAGGCAGCGGCGGCAGCAGCGUG